CAAUGGGAGCUCACCCAUCGCUCGGACACCAAUCAGGGUGGUGCGGAGAUCGGGAUAAAGUGGGAAGCACGGGCUUAGAAUUAAAUUGGUGCCUCAAUUUCCUUGCUUAUUCAGUAAAGCGUCACCAUGCCCUUCAGCAACAGUCACAACCUCCUGAAAAUGAAAUAUUCUUCCAAGGACGAAUUUCCAGAUUUGAGCAAGCACAACAACCACAUGGCCAAAGUCCUGACCCCGGAGAUGUACAGCAAGUUGCGAGAUAAGCAGACCCCCAGCGGAUUUACCCUUGACGAUAUCAUUCAGACUGGAGUGGACAACCCAGGUCACCCAUUUAUUAUGACAGUAGGUUGUGUUGCUGGAGAUGAAGAAAGCUACGAGGUUUUCAAAGAUCUUUUUGAUCCAGUUAUUCGGGACCGCCAUGGUGGCUACAAACCUAGUGACAAGCACAAAACUGACCUUCACUCGGAGAAGCUCAAGGGUGGUGAUGACCUGGAUCCUAACUAUGUGCUGAGUAGCAGAGUCCGCACUGGCCGCAGUAUUCGUGGCUUUUGCCUUCCCCCUCACUGUAGCCGAGGGGAGCGCCGUGCUAUUGAGAAACUUUCAGAGGACGGUUUGAAAAGUCUAGAUGGUGAAUUUUCUGGAAAAUACUAUGCCCUGAAGAACAUGACUGACGAGGAACAGCAGACCCUAAUUGAUGACCACUUCCUGUUUGACAAGCCUGUGUCUCCAUUGCUGCUGGCCUCUGGGAUGGCUCGUGACUGGCCUGAUGGCAGAGGCAUUUGGCAUAAUAACAAUAAGACUUUCCUCGUUUGGGUAAAUGAAGAAGAUCAUCUUCGUGUUAUCUCCAUGCAGAAAGGUGGAAACAUGAAGGAAGUCUUCACCCGUUUCUGCACUGGACUAUCAAAGAUUGAAAAUCUCUUCAAAAGCAAUGGCCAUGCAUUUAUGUGGAAUGAGCACCUUGGCUACAUCUUGACAUGCCCAUCUAACCUGGGGACUGGCCUGCGUGCUGGUGUUCAUGUGAAACUGCCCAAUCUCAGCAAACACGAAAAAUUUGGCGAGGUUCUGAAACGACUGCGACUGCAGAAGCGUGGCACAGGUGGAGUUGACACAGCUGCAGUUGGUGGUAUUUUUGAUAUUUCCAAUGCUGACCGCCUAGGCUUCUCUGAAGUUGAAUUGGUUCAAAUGGUGGUCGAUGGUGUAAAGCUGCUAAUUGAAAUGGAGAAAUGCCUUGAAAAAGGCCAGGCCAUUGACAGCCUUAUCCCAGCUCAGAAGUAAAGUCACUUUAUCUCAACUUCUAACCUAUUCACUGGAUAUAUUGUAUAAUAUAUUAAAAUAAAUCCAAGAUGCCAGUCUGGAAUGGGGGGGGGGGGGGUGAGCCUGGUCUUUGACAUAAAUGUAGUAGAAAUCUUGAAGAUAUAAUCAUUGCAUUGUUGUUGCUGAUGAUGAAUUAAAAAUGAAUAAAUAUACUUUGGUCUGUACAAA